AUGUCGCUCUCCUCCUCCACCCUGAACCUAAAGUUCAUGCAGCGCGCAGCGGCCCGAAACGCCCAGACCGCCGCCGCAUCAAGUGGAUCCACAUCGACCCCUUCUCGCCCUUCCGCCUCUGCCCCUUCUGGACCAUACACCCCCGGCUCCCAGUCUACUCCGUCUCAAGCAACCCAAUCUACUCAAUCUACACAAUACACCCAGACGGCCCCUCCAUCGCAAUUCCAGUCGACGCAGAAUGAGCCGUCCUCGCUCGCCCCUAUCGUCGGUAUCCAGGUGGAACAAGAAGCGCAGGCGCGCUGGGUCCUCCCCCGUCGUCCAAGGUUUAUUGGGAACUCGCGCUCUGACUAUCUUGCGAGCCGGGAUGAUAUGGAGGAUCUGAGUCUAGGCAGAGUGGGAGAAGAGGGAGAGGGGAGAGUGAGGUUUGAAAGCUCAUAUCUCCCCUUUCUGGGCGCAGGGGAGGCGGAAGCGGAGGCGGGGCCGAGUAGGACAGGGAGGACAAUGACGGGUGGAGGUGGGAGAAUGGCCUUCGGAGGGUUCGGGGAGGCUGCGAAGGAAGACGAAGAGGAGGACGUGAAGGAUGGUGAGGCGGAUGAGGGUGGAGAUAAGAGGCGGGGAGGGCGCAGAGAGGAGGAGUCUGCGCGAGGUUCAAAACAGGCUGGGAAGCAAAGAGAGGGGGACGAUGCGUCCAGACCGGCUCAUAUACCAAAACGGAAUCCAAAACCCCAACAGCCUCCUCGGGACGCACCUCACACCACCGCAGCAGGGUUCGUCCGGCCCGCAAACUACACUCCCGACCUCCCCGCUCGCCCUUCCUCCUCCUCCUCAUCACGACCAGGUCCACCGCCCGGCUCGGCAGUGAUCGACGUCAAGCCCGCUAUCCCUUCUGCGUCUGCCUCGGGCGAGAAGAAGCACAAGCGGAAACCAUCGACCGCGGCGGAACAGCUACGCGCUACCACCUCGGCAUUAGCAUCGGCAUCAGGUUCAGGAUCCGUACCGACCAGUACAGGCGUGAAGUCCGAGAAGAAACGCUCAAAGCCGGCGGCGGUCAAAUCGGAACCUGGUACCCCGGUCGGCGGUGCAAAGCGUGCCAAGCUCGAUUUGUCGUUGAACUCUGCCUCUACUUCAACAUCUGCGACCGCCUCGCCACUUCCAUCAGGGGCGGUAGGCGGGACAGAUCUCGACGCGAGGGAGAGGGAGAUCAAGGCGCAGAAGAAGCGGGAGAAGAAGGAGAGGCGGAAACUCAAGGGAGAGGAGGGAGUUGCGGCUUGA